GAGUGGUGUGCGAAUUCUAUACUCAACUUCCUAUAUUCCCUCUUCAUAUAUUCAAAACAACAAAUCUUUGUUUCUCUCUGUCUCUCACAACUUCCCAAGAACCACCGUUCCCUUUUUGGCUUUUGAAAUUCGAAUGAUCGAAGAAUGGCGACGGAGCAUAUAACCCGUAAGGCAGAUGAAUACAGUGUCGAGCUUUUACCUAGCGACGACGAUGCGCCGCCGCCGCUUUCAUCAUCGUGGCGUCUCAGCCUCGAUACUUUUCGACUUCCUUCUUCCCUUUCGUCCACUGGCCGUCACGACGGUCGUACUCGCUUCUCUCGCUACUUCCGUACUCCCAGUGAGUUAUAUGUUCUUGGUGUUUCAGUUUUCUUUUUGGUUCUUGCUCACAUGUUUCGAAAGGAACGUAAAGUGAAUGAAUAUUACAAAAAGCAAGAGAGGCUCCUCGAGGGAUUUAACGAGAUGGAGACUAUCCACGAAACCGGUUUUGCAUCUGGAGCUUCAACUGAGGAAGAAAUGAAGAAGCUUGCAAAGAGUGAGAGACUGGCUGUUCACAUCUCGAACGCUGCAAAUUUGGUGCUUUUUGUGGCAAAGGUUUAUGCCUCUAUGGAGAGUAGAUCCAUGGCUGUGAUUGCUUCAACUUUGGACUCUCUCUUGGAUCUCUUGUCUGGUUUUAUUCUUUGGUUUACUGCUAAUGCCAUGAGCAAACCAAACCACUUUCAUUAUCCUAUUGGCAAACGACGCAUGCAGCCUGUGGGCAUCAUUGUGUUUGCUUCCGUGAUGGCAACUCUUGGACUGCAAGUUUUGUUAGAAUCAGGAAGGCAACUAGCCUCCAAGAAUGGUAUUGAUAUGAAUAGCACAGAGGAGAAAUGGAUGAUAGGGAUCAUGGUCUCUGUCACCAUCAUUAAGUUCUUACUCAUGCUUUACUGCAGGGGAUUUCAGAAUGAAAUAGUUAGGGCCUAUGCUCAGGAUCACUUCUUUGACGUUGUGACUAAUUCAAUUGGCUUAGCAACAGCCGUCUUGGCUGUCAAAUUCUACUGGUGGAUUGAUCCCUCUGGUGCUAUACUUAUAGCUUUGUACACCAUAGGAACAUGGGCAAGAACUGUACUAGAGAACGUCCAUUCACUGAUAGGACGCUCUGCGCCACCAGAGUUUCUGUCUAAACUGACAUUCUUGAUAUGGAACCAUCACGAACAAAUCAAGCAUAUUGACACAGUCAGGGCCUAUACGUUUGGGUCACACUACUUUGUGGAGGUGGACAUUGUUUUGCCAGAGGACAUGAGACUGCAAGAGGCUCACAAUAUCGGAGAGACACUUCAGGAGAAGCUCGAGCAACUUGCUGAGGUGGAACGGGCUUUUGUUCACAUAGACUUUGAGUUCACUCAUCGUCCUGAACACAAGUGUAAUUAGACUGACAUUUGUAGAAAAAAACACAGACCAGAAGAGAUUCAGGAGGGGAAUGAUAAGUCUAAGUUAUAUUCUAGUGGUAGUUCCUUAGUUUAUGUUCCAUGGACGUUGUUUUGUCUGUAUGGAAAUCGAAUAAACGAUGUUUCUUUUCAAGUCUACUGUUUCUCCAAAUGUACGAGUGAAAACGUGUGGUUC